AACCCUCUCUCUCUCUCUCUCGCUCUGGCUCUCGUCCCCCAUCCAUGGCGGCAAUCGCCACGAAGCUCAAGACUUCAUGGUCGCGACUCCUCUCCUUCUGCCCGUCUCUUCGGAUCCCUCGGAUCCACCUCCUCCCUCCCUUUUCGACCCAUCCGCCCUUCCCCAUUCACACGACGACCUUCGCUUUCCGAUCCGUCCGCCCAUUCUCCACCAACCCCGUGAUGGGGGACCGCGUGGUGCAGGAGCUCUUGGCCGCGGUGGAGCGGGAGAAGCAGAUGGCUAGGGAAGAGAGGCGGAAGGCCGGGGUCGCCCUAGACGGCGAGGACGAGGACGAGGAGGACUACAUGGGGGUCACCCCGCUCAUCGAGAAACUGGAGAAGAAGAAGGCGAAGGACCUGGAUGGCACCGAUCGGUUCUGGGUACCCACCGACUCCGAGAGCGAUGACGACGAGAGGUUCUCGCCCGAUGAGGUGAAGAAGCGGCUGGAUGAGUUCGAGAAGAAGUGCAAGCGGCACGCGGAGCUGCUCAAGAACUUCGCCGAGGCCGAAACUCUUGAUGAAGCUCACAAAUGGAUGACAAAAAUUGACAAAUUUGAGCAGCGACAUUUGAAACUUCCUCUGGAAUACAGGGUCAUUGGUGAUUUGAUGAAUCGUCUUAAGGAAUCUACUGGAAAAGAAAGAUUCAUUCUCCUCCAAAAGCUAAAUAGAGCUGUUAGGCUGAUGGACUGCAAGGAAGCCUAUGACCCAAAUAAUCCUGCAAAUUUUGGAGUUAUUCAGCAUCGGCAAAUUGCCUCUCCUGAAGAUAUAGUAGACAGUGCUGGUUUUGAUAAGGAGAAAUCUAUGAUACACGGGAGCCUGGAGGAAGAUGACGAAGAUUUCAGUGAAAGAAAGGAGCAAGAUGAUGUUCUGAUAGAGAAACUUAAUGCCAUAGAAAAGAAAUUAGAGGAGAAGCUUGCAGAACUUGAUCAUACUUUUGGGAAGAAAAGCAGAGUCUUGGAAGAGGAAAUUAAAGAUCUCGUUGAGGAGAGAAAUUCUCUGACAGAGAAAAAAAGAAGACCCCUCUACAGAAAAGGCUUUGAUGUAAAGGUAAUUGAUGUCAAUCGGCCAUGUAAAGUUACAAAGGGAGGGCGAAUUGCAAAAUACACAGCAUUGCUAGCCACUGGGAAUUACCAUGGAGUUGUUGGUUUUGCCAAGGCUAGAGGACCAACUGCUAAUAUUGCUAUCCAAAGGGCAUAUGAGAAAUGUUUCCAAAAUCUUCAUUACGUGGAGCGGUAUGAAGAACACACAAUUGCUCAUGCUAUCCAAGCCAAGUAUGAGAAAAGCAAGAUAUACCUUUGGCCUGGUCCUAUGAGAAGUGGAAUGUCAGCAGCAGGCAGAACUGUCGAAACUGUCCUGUACUUGGCUGGUUUUAGGAAUGUCAAGUCGAAGAUCAUUGGAUCAAGGAACCCCCUUAACGUUAUCAAGGCUCUCUUCAAAGCCCUGAAUGCUAUCGAAACUCCCAAGGAUGUUCAAGAGAAGUUUGGUAGAACAGUUGUGGAGACAUAUCUGCUGUAGACAUAGUGCAAAUUAAUUUUCGGCGGAGGGUUAUGCUCUUAUGGGUUGUGCCUUCAUCCGUCUGAUGUAUUUUUCCAACACACUCGAUGAGAAAGCCCUCUGUAUGCCGAAUUAUAUAUGCUUUCUUAUACGCUGCUUUUUUCAUGAUAACUUUUUCAAUUUUUUUUUUCUAGAUCAUGGUGGAUGCAAAAUUACAUGAAUAAUUUGUUUUGGUCUGAGAUGAGGGACUUUGGUCUGGUGGAUCGAAGGCCUCUUUUUGUGUUUUGUAGAACAACUUGAUGAAUCAAAUCAACUUGUUACAAAAAUGUGAUAACAUUAAGUCUUGGAGCAUGACAUUAUUAGCAUCCAGGCUUUUAGACUCC